AAGGAAAAUGUUACCAAUCUGUUUAAUAAUACGUAAAAUACAUUUCCAACAGAUAAGAAAUGUUCAAACCAACUCCCAGCCCUUCCUCAUUUUUCCACCAGAUGGCCCCACGCCCGCAGCAAAAUCAUGGAAAUACCUGUUCUGCUCAGCCACUGUUUGCUUGCUCUACUCAGUGACUUUUGCAGGUUGUGCUAUCUCAAAUGUGUACAUUUGCAGGCUGCUGUAUGGUAUUCUUUAAGAACCCUACCCUAUAAUGCCCAGCGGCUUAAGUCUGGUGGAGAUCCACAGUCACAGCAAGGUCAUAAAUUAUUUGUCAACCUAAGCUUUUUUGCUUUCUUCUAGGAACAGUUUUCCACCCAUCCGAUAGCUCUGAUAAUGCAUAAGAAAAAUAACAUUGAAAGCCACAUGAGUUCUGCUUAUUAACAGUGCAGUGUUUUCCAGUUCUUGUAUGCUGUUGCCUUGAUCUUUGUCCACAGGCUGCACUGAGAUGCUGUUUACAGCAAUAAAGUGAACAUUACAUCUGAUCUCAAGUUCUGUCUUCAUUCACAGGAUGAGCUGAGAACAGAAGCUCGACGGAAAAAUCUCCUCAUUCUCAUCUUGCAUUACUUAAUGGAGGAAGGGUACAUGGAUUCUGCAAGUACUUUGGAACAAGAGACAAAAUUAGGUUUACGUGGCUUUGAAGUUUGUGACAACGUUGACCUUGAGACAAUUUUGAUGGAAUAUGAAAGCUAUUACUUUGUAAAGUUUCAAAAGUACCCUAAAAUCACAAGGAAGAUCCUGGACGCUGCAGAAAAUAAACAACAGCUGGGAACUGGAGGAAGGCAAAGAAGGGCAGCAAGCUCUCAGAAUCUCCCAAGGAUCAAGCAGCAGUCGAUGCAACAACCAUCAUCAAAAACUUCAUCGGGGAGCACAGAGCUAAAAUCACCCACCAAAGAGAGCCCCAGACAGAAUAAUGAGAGCACAGUAACUCUGGAGCAAUCUGACUUUGGCUUAAGCAUCUCAGCAAUCAACAGAGCUGGAGGAGGAGAAGGCCCUCACCCAAGAAGGAGCCAAGUAGUUGACUUGCAUGGGAUGAUCCAGGAUGUCAAAGUAUCCCCAAAUGGAAUGGGUUUAAACAGCCUUAAUUGGGAUCCAGACCCAUCGGAACGCUUACUGAAACCCCUUAGUGCUUUUAUUGGCAUGAAUGGUGAGAUGAGAGAACUUGCAACUGUUGUAAGCAAAGACAUUUAUCUCCAUAACCCAAAUGUGAAAUGGGAUGAUAUCAUUGGCCUGGAUGCAGCUAAGAGGCUCGUCAAGGAAGCAGUUGUUUAUCCUAUAAGGUACCCUCAGCUAUUUACAGGCAUUCUGUCUCCAUGGAAAGGCUUAUUGCUCUAUGGACCACCAGGUACUGGCAAAACAUUGCUUGCUAAGGCUGUUGCCACAGAGUGCAACACAACAUUUUUCAACAUAUCAGCAUCCACCAUUGUCAGCAAAUGGAGAGGUGAUUCAGAAAAGCUUGUCCGGGUGCUGUUUGAGCUUGCCCGGUACCACGCUCCUUCCACAAUUUUCUUGGAUGAACUGGAGUCUGUGAUGAGCCAAAGAGGCACCAUCUCUGGCGGUGAACACGAAGGAAGUCGGCGGAUGAAAACAGAAUUACUGGUGCAGAUGGAUGGCUUGGCCCGAUCUGAUGAUCUUGUAUUUGUUUUAGCAGCUUCCAAUCUGCCAUGGGAGUUGGACUCUGCCAUGCUGCGGCGGCUGGAGAAGAGGAUUUUGGUCAACCUCCCAAAUCAAGAGGCACGUCAGGCAAUGAUCUGGCAUUGGCUGCCACCUCUGAGCAAUAGUGGAGGAGUGGAGCUGAGAACUGACCUGGACUACAGCUUGCUGGCCCAGGAAACCGAUGGGUACUCUGGCUCAGACAUCAAACUCGUGUGCAAGGAAGCAGCCAUGAGACCAGUGAGGAAAGUUUUCGAUGCCCUUGAAAACCAUCAGCCAGGUAAUAGUAACUUAGCUACAAUCCACUUGGACACGAUCACAACAGCAGAUUUCCUGGAUGUGAUCACCCACACCAAACCUUCAGCAAAGAAACUCAGCCAGAAGUACACAGCUUGGCAGAGAGAGUUUGAAUCAGUCUGAGAAGAAAAAUCCCAAAAGACUGAGUACUUCAAAGACUUUCACUAUCCAAAAUGGCACUUAUGCCACCUCUGAAGGACUGAGUGGUGAUGGAGAAGGGAGUGCUGAGUUUCUGGGAGAAGAUAAACCAAUAGGAAAUGUCAAAGGACAUGAAAACUCCAGCCUUAACUUCAAGUAUAAAGAUCAAAAGA